AUGGGCCUCAAGGAACGCUUCGGUAUCAAGUCGACUGAGACUACGGGUGAGACAACUGGCGCCGAUGUCCUCCCCAACGCUGAGGGCACCGAGCGCGAGCUGCGCCGAUUCAGACGCCAACAUCAGUGGGAUCCCUUCCUGGACAUUGACAAGCUCGACAACAUUGAUGAUGCUCUCGCCUCUGGCAAUGCCGAGAAGGAGGCUGCUAUUGAUGAGUCUCUGAUUCAGGAGGAUUCGCCUUACCCAGAGGUCCGCAACUCGGUUCCUCCCACUGACAUUGAUGUCCCUGUCAACACUCUUCGAGCUUGGACUAUUGGAGCUGCUCUCUGCACCGUUGUUGCUGCUUGCAACGUCUUGCUUAGCAUGCGUCGCACUCCCAUCUCCAUCUCGUCUACCGUCGUUCAGCUUAUCGCUUAUCCGCUUGGUUGCGGCUGGGCCAAGUUCAUGCCUGCCAAGACGUUCAAAGUAUUCGGUCGCACUCUCGAGCUCAAUCCUGGCCCUUUCAAUACCAAGGAGCAUACGAUUAUCACCAUGAUGACUGCGGCGGGCAGCUCUCUUAGCUACGCCAUCGACAUUCUCCUUGCACAGGAAAUCUUUUACAAGCAGGAAUUCAAGUGGGGUUUCCAAAUUCUUCUCAUGCUUUCCACCCAGGCUAUGGGCUUCGGUGUUGCCGGCAUUGCUCGAAGAUUCCUCAUCUGGCCAUCGUCAAUGGUUUGGCCGGCUACGCUCAUUACCUGCACAGUCAUGUACUCGCUUCAUGACCAUCGCCCGUCCGAUCCCUCUGCCACCAAUGGGUGGAAGAUUGGUCGUUAUAGCUUCUUCCUCCUUGUCGCUGGCUGCACCUUUCUUUGGGAAUGGUUCCCUCUGGUCAUUGCUCCUUUUCUGAGCUAUUUCAUGUGGCCUACUUGGAUUGCCCCGAAUAAUGUUGUUGUUAACCAAAUUUUCGGUGGCAAUACUGGUUUCGGUCUUAUGCCAAUGUCUCUUGACUGGGCCACCGUUACCGCUUUCUUAAGCUCACCGCUCCAGACUCCCGCUUUUGCCAUUCUCAAUGUCUGUGCUGGCAUUUGCCUCAUGACCAUAGGUGCGGCCGGCCUUGCGUUUGCUGGUCCCGAGUACUACCGAUACCUCCCUAUUAGCGCCAACAAAAACUUUGACAGAUUUGCCAAGUCCUAUAACACGAGCCGUAUCCUCGCUCCGGACUUCACUGUUAACGAGACGGCUUACCAGCAAUACUCGCCUAUUCUCCUCGGCCCUACCUUUUCCCUUUCUUAUGGGUUAGGCUUUGCUGCACUUAUGUCUACUAUUAUGCAUAUCAUCCUCUUUUAUGGACGGGAUGUAUGGAACCGGGCCAAAAACUCGCAACACGAUGAGCCUGACGUGCAUAUGAAGCUUAUGCGCAAGUACAAGGAAGCUCCUGAAUGGUGGUUCAUGUGUAUUUUUGCGGUCAGCUUCGCCUUUGGUAUGAUUGCCUGCCAAGUCUGGGAUACUCACCUACCCUGGUGGGCGUAUAUUGUGUGUAUUCUUAUUGGCGCUGUCCUCUUUAUUCCGAUUGGCAUGGUUCAGGCUAUCACCAACCAGCAAACCGGCUUGAACAUCAUUACAGAAAUGAUUAUUGGAUACAUGAUGCCCGGUCGCCCCGUGGCCAUGAUGCUCUUCAAGAGUUACGGUUACAUGUUGUCAUACAACGGGCUAAACUACAUUUCUGAUAUGAAGGUUGGCCACUAUAUGAAGAUUCCUCCCCGCAGCAUGUUUGCUGCUCAGGCUUUCGCUGUUAUCUGGCUCUCAUUUGUUCAGAUUUCUGCUUAUAACUUCCUUCGGGGUAACAUCAGUGAGAUUUGCACAGAAACCCAGAAGCAAGGUCUGACCUGUCCUGGUGCGCGAACUUUCUAUAAUGCGAGUGUUAUCUGGGGAGUCAUUGGCCCCAAGAAGGUCUUUGGUGCCGGUGGAAUAUAUUCUUGGACAAACUGGUUCUGGUUCAUUGGCUUUAUUUGCCCUGUGAUCCAGUAUCUGAUUGCCCGAAGAUACCCUCGCAGCUGGGCACGCUACGUCAUCACUCCUGCUCUCUUUGGUGCUGCCGGAAUGAUUCCUCCUGCCACCCUCUACUUCCUCUUCCAGUGGGUCAUUGUUGGUCUCAUCUUCAACCUUUUCAUCCGCAGGGCUUUCUUUGGAUGGUGGAGUCGUUACACUUAUGCUUUAUCUGGUGCCCUUGACAUCGGCACUGCUCUCUGCACUGUCAUUACCGGCCUUGGUCUUGGUCUAAGCGAGACUGAGUUCCCCGAAUGGUGGGGUACCACUGUCUGGCAAGAAACCUUGGAUGCCCAAGGCAAAGCCGUGACAAGGAAGUUCAUCCAAAAUGUGACUAAACCACUCGGCCCUGACACGUGGUAG